GCCUCCAACACAGUGGGAGGCAGCAUUUCGAGCAAGGAGGAGAUCAGCAGACUAGACCAGACCCCGGCGUUUUAUUUAGCCGCAGAAGGUCGUUCACAGCUGGGUCUUAUUGAGCACUAUUUAAAACCAAAAACCAGAGCCGCUUAUAUUGUAUUGAAAGUUUAUAACUCUAAGCGCGUAGUGAUGCGAGUAUUGCUGGAGAAAAAAGCCACUGGCACAAGGGGGGAUAGGUCGUGUUUAGGCACUCGGGCUCGUUAUGAAACACUGCUAGCGAACGUUGGCUAACGUUAGCAGCUAACGGACGUUGAGGAAGCUACGUUGGAUACGCUGACAGCUCUAAAAGCGGCUGGAGACGCUGCUGAGGUGACUGCACUCAACCAGCCGACCCGUUUCUCUGGAUCCAGGAGCUCCGCUCGUUAAACUGAGUGGCUGAUUUGAUGGCAGCCACGGCCAGUGCCCGGCGGUUACCCAUGGGUGUACGGACCUUUAGUGACCUCCUCCAUAUUGCCUGCGUGGGCAGCCCUCGCCCGUGUCGCCCGGGAGUGCUUAGAGGAUGCCUGCGACAGAACAUAAGACACCUGUCGUCAUGUGGCAUUUUGAUGACCAGAACUCCGAAAGUGCUUUGCCUUCAAGACUGGGACACCAUGACAGCCGCUCCUCACAGCCGAAACUUCAUCAGUUUCACCAACAAAAGGAAGGAGUACUCCGAGCGCAGGAUACUUGGCUUUUCUAUGCAGGAAAUGCAUGAUGUGGUGGCCAAUGUUGACGAAUACAAGAACUUUGUGCCCUGGUGUAAGAAGUCUCAGACCAUCAUGAAAAGAGCAGGUCACUCUAAAGCACAAAUUGAGGUCGGAUUUCCUCCUGUGGUGGAAAGAUACACAUCUAUGAUCACCUGUGUCCGGCCCCAUCUAGUCAAAGCGGUGUGUACAGAUGGAAAGCUAUUCAAUCACUUGGAGACGAUAUGGCGCUUUAGUCCUGGUAUUCCUGGUUACCCUCGCACCUGCACGGUAGACUUUUCUAUAUCCUUUGAGUUCCGCUCUUUGCUGCACUCCCAGUUAGCCACCAUGUUCUUCGACGAGGUUGUAAAGCAGAAUGUCGCCGCGUUCGAGCGGCGAGCCGGUAAGCUCUACGGCCCAGAGACUCGUAUCCCACGAGAGCUGAUGUUUCACGAGGUGCAUCAGACGUGAUCUCAGGAGCUCUAUGUUCGCAUCUGACCUUAAACCAUACCAACUGUUUAUUUCCUUUUAUCAAAACAAACCUGCAUGAUGCUUCUUAGUCUGCCAUCGCCUCAUGUCCGCAGCGCCACAUAGACCUCCAACUGUAGUAAGCAAUAUGUUGGAAUUCCUGCAUCAACACAUUCUUGUUUAUCUCCUCUGUGUGUUAAGUCUGUCAAAUUUCUUCCACUUCCACCUAAAGGAUUCUUGUUUUAUCAGAAGGAACCCACCUUUCAUCUCGCUUCCAUGGCAGUUACAAGCUCUAUUUAUGUGAACGCAACAGUAAAACAUUGCAUCAUGUUACCAACCAUUAUUAUUAGAGGGCUAUUAUUUUAAAUGUAAAGCACAGUGGCGCUGAACAAAACAUGCUUUUUAUCACUUAGAAAAGGGCAAAGACUUUUACUCUCAACAGGGAUCAAGGCUCAUUCAUCGUGAUCUGAGAUAUUUGCUACACGGAUGCAAAAUCAACUGUGCAUCCACUUUUCAAUUGAUUUCCGCUCCUUAUACCCUAUUAAUGUAAUGCUUUUACAUUUGUUAGUGUUCAUUUGCAUAUUCUGCUGUUUUCUUGGGGUUCAAUGGUAUGCUGUGACGUUAUUGAAGGGCAACAUUUCUUCACAGGGAAAAGGUAACGUCAGCUUUGGCCUAAAUUUAAUUUUUGGUUUGGAACAUUUUGCGUUAAUUUGGAUGUUGAUGUGCUGUGAACAUUGUGUGUUUGAACAUUUAGACUUCCAUGGUCAAAUAUGCCUUAUUUUACAGCCAGGAACAAGUAACUAUUGGGUGAUUAAUAGAGGAAGGGGAAUUUGAACUUUGUGCCAACAAAAACAUGUAAUAAACUGAUGACUACUGUGAAAUACUCCAAAUGACACUACAAAUCUUUUCAAGGUUCUCUCUAAAUGAUCUGCUUCAAAACUUGGCUAUGAUUCAAUUAAUAACUGCUGUGUCAACAUUAAUAUGUAACUCAUGCUGUUAGUCACUGAAGGUCAUCAGCAUGUUACAUUUCCAUCAUGUAUAUAAUAUCCUUGUGUGCUGCAAAAUAAAACAUUCUAGAUCAUUUAUCACUA